CUAUUGGCCAGAGGGCGCUCAGUUGCGGUAACAAGACUAGGUUGCUCCACCGUUUGGAGCUGCUGCGGAGACUCUCCCAGUUGCUAGUUGGAGGGGCAUUGAGGCUUGUAGUUUUUUCUUAAAGUGAAACUGUCCGGGAAAGGCGGUUUUUUUUCUAGCUUUAAACAUAACAAAACAUCGGGUAAAAGCAGCAUAAAAGUUUUUUUGUUUUUCUGGGAAGCGGAUUUAAAGUUUUCAAGAUGCCGGUUUUCCAUACAAAGACGAUAGAGAGUAUCCUGGAGCCAGUGGCUCAGCAGAUAUCCCACUUGGUGAUAAUGCACGAAGAAGGGGAGGUGGACGGUAAAGCGAUCCCAGACCUAACUGCACCCGUAGCUGCAGUGCAGGCGGCUGUCAGCAACCUCGUCCGGGUUGGGAAAGAGACUGUUCAAACAACAGAGGACCAGCUCAUGAAAAGAGACAUGCCACCAGCUUUUAUUAAGGUUGAGAAUGCCUGUACUAAGCUGGUCCAGGCUGCCCACAUGCUGAAAGCAGAUCCCUACUCUGUACCCGCUCGUGAUUACCUUAUUGAUGGAUCCAGGGGAAUUCUCUCAGGGACUUCAGACUUGCUUUUGACUUUCGAUGAGGCUGAGGUUCGAAAAAUCAUUCGUGUCUGCAAAGGUAUUCUGGAAUACCUAACUGUGGCUGAAGUGGUGGAGAGCAUGGAAGAUUUAGUAACAUACACUAAAAAUCUGGGACCAGGAAUGACAAAAAUGGCAAAAAUGAUUGACGAGCGCCAGCAGGAGCUCACCCAUCAGGAACACCGAGUGAUGCUGGUGAACUCCAUGAACACUGUGAAAGAGCUCCUGCCAGUGCUAAUCUCAGCUAUUAAAAUCUUUGUGACAACGAAAAGUUCCAAAAGCCAGGGGGUUGAGGAAGCUCUGAAGAACCGCAACUUCACCGUGGAGAAGAUGAGCACUGAAAUCAAUGAGAUCAUCCGCGUGCUGCAGCUCACCUCCUGGGAUGAAGAUGCCUGGGCUAACAAAAAGGACUCAGAAGCAAUGAAGAGAGCUUUGGCACUUAUUGACUCGAAGAUAAAUCAGGCAAAAGGCUGGCUGAGAGACCCCAAUGCUCAGUCAGGUGAUGCUGGUGAACAAGCCAUCCGGCAGAUUCUAGAUGAGGCUGGUAAAGUUGGGGAGUUGUGCGCUGGCAAAGAAAGGAGAGACAUCCUGGGAACUGCUAAAACUCUGGGCCAGAUGACUGACCAAGUGUCUGAACUGCGUGCCAGAGGUCAGGGGGCCACCCCUGUGGCCAUGCAGAAGGCUCAGCAGGUCUCUCAGGGCCUGGAUUUGCUGUCAUCAAAGGUAGAAAAUGCUACCCGAAAACUGGAGGCCAUGACCAAUUCCAAACAGGCCCUUGCCAAGAACAUUGAUGCUGCACAGAACUGGCUUGCAGACCCCUAUGGGGGCCCAGAGGGAGAGGAGCACGUCCGUGGAAUCAUGUCUGAAGCGAAGAAGAUUGCAGACCUGUGUGAGGACCCCAAGGAGAGGGAAGACAUCCUGCGUUCCCUUGGGGAGAUCGCUGCUUUAACAGCCAAGCUCUCUGACUUGAGAAGGCAGGGAAAAGGUGACACUCCCGAGGCCAGGGCCUUAGCCAAGCAGAUUGCCACCACCCUGCAGAACCUGCAGUCCAAGACAAACCGAGCCGUGGCCAACAGCAGGCCUGUGAAGGCAGCCGUUAACCUGGAAGGCAAGAUUGAGCAGGCCCAGCGCUGGAUAGACAAUCCUACCAUUGAUGACCGUGGUGUGGGCCAGGCUGCAAUGCGGGGGCUGGUGGCCGAGGGCCGUCGCCUUGCCAACGCUAUGCUGGGCCCUUACCGGCAGGAGCUCCUUGGCAAGUGUGAUCGAGUGGAGCAGUUAAGUGCACACCUGGCUGAGCUGGCAGCGCGUGGGGAGGGAGAGAGUCCACAGGCACGGGCUGUUGCAGCUCAGCUCCAGGAAUCCCUAAAAGACAUGAAAUCAAAGAUGCAGGAAGCAAUGACCCAGGAGGUUUCGGAUAUCUUCAGUGACACCACCACCCCAAUUAAACUGCUGGCUGUGGCUGCCACGGCGCCCCCUGGAGCGCCAAACAGGGAAGAGGUGUUUGAUGAGCGGGCGGCCUACUUCGAACAUCAUGCUGCCAAACUCGGAGGAACAGCAGAGAAGGCAGCAGCUGUUGGAACAGCUAAUAAGAGCACUGUGGAGGGGAUCCAGGCUGCUGUGAAAUCAUCCAGAGAGUUAACACCGCAGGUGGUGUCAGCUGCUCGUAUCUUACUGAGGAAUCCUGGUAACCAGGCUGCCCAUGAACAUUUUGAGACCAUGAAGAAUCAGUGGAUUGACAAUGUUGAAAAAAUGACGGGUUUGGUAGAUGAAGCCAUUGACACAAAGUCCCUAUUGGACGCGUCCGAAGAAGCAAUUAAAAAGGACAUUGAUAAGUGCCGGGUGGCUAUGGCCAAUGUCCAGCCCCAGAUGCUUGUCGCUGGCGCCACUAGCAUUGCGCGCCGGGCCAAUAGGAUCCUGCUGGUAGCUAAGCGGGAGGUGGAAAACUCUGAAGAUCCCAAGUUCCGUGAAAUUGUAAAGGCCGCCUCAGAUGAUCUGAGCAAAACCAUCUCCCCCAUGGUAAUGGAUGCCAAGGCUGUAGCUGGGAACAUCCAGGAUCCAGGUCUCCAGAAGAGUUUCCUGGACUCUGGAUACAGGAUUCUGGGAGCGGUAGCCAAAGUCCGAGAGGCCUUCCAACCACAGGAGCCAGACUUCCCUCCACCACCCCCUGACCUUGAUCAGCUGCAUUUGAAUGAUGAGCCUGCACCUCCUAAACCCCCUCUCCCAGAGGGUGAAGUGCCUCCCCCCAGACCUCCACCCCCUGAGGAGAAGGAUGAGGAGUUCCCUGAGGAAAAGGCAGGCGAGAUGGUCAACCAGCAAAUGAUGGUGGCAGCCAGACAGCUGCAUGAAGAAGCUAGGAAGUGGUCCAGCAAGCCCGAUGUGAAUGAUGAGGGUAAUGAAGCCGCUGAGGCGGAUGUAGAUAUAGAUGAUGAGGAUGAUGCAGAUGAUGUUGAGUUCGCCCUCCCCUCAGACAAUGAAGAUGAUUAUGAGACCGAGCUGUUCUUAAUGCCCACUGAUCAGACGUUUAACCAGCCCAUUAUGGCCGCUGCUAAGUCUUUGCACCAAGAAGCACGCAAGUGGUCCAGUAAGGGAAAUGACAUCAUUGGAGCAGCAAAGCGAAUGGCCCUGUUGAUGGCAGAAAUGUCCCGUCUAGUGCGUGGCGUCACUGGAAACAAGCGUGCCCUUAUUCAGUGUGCCAAGGACAUCGCCAAGGCAUCUGAUGAGGUCACUCGACUGGCCAAAGAAGUGGCAAAGCAGUGCACUGACAAGCGAAUCCGAACAAACCUUCUGCAGGUGUGUGAACGUAUUCCGACGAUUAGCACACAGCUCAAAAUCCUCUCCACUGUCAAAGCUACCAUGUUGGGCCGCACUAAUAUCAGCGAGGAAGAGUCCGAGCAGGCGACAGAAAUGCUCGUUCACAAUGCCCAGAAUCUGAUGCAAUCUGUCAAGGAGACAGUGAGAGAAGCUGAAGCUGCUUCCAUCAAGAUCCGUACGGAUGCUGGAUUCACCCUGCGCUGGGCCAGAAAGACUCCCUGGUACCAGUAAACUCCCUCUAUGGGAUAUUUGAAUAUGAAUAUAUAUAUAAACAAACAACUACGUAUUAAAUGUGUAAUGAGAAGUUCUUUUAGAUGCAUUUUGUGUAUUUGUAUUCACAGAUAUGCAAAUUAGGUUUUAUUCUCUUGUGCUGUUCAGGGAGAACUUCUUGAUUUUCUAAAACACACUGUUUAAGUGGCCUGCCUCAGAAUUUACUUAAUGAUUUUCACCUGUGCCUGAAAGUCUUUUAACAGGGUAGAAUAUAUCAUUAGAAGGAAAUCCAUCGAUAUUACAAGGUGUGUUUCUAAAUAAUUUGGAAUGACAAUAUACUGUAAUUUGAGUUAAUCAUUUCCAUGUAUACUCAGCUGACCUUUACAAAUGUUAAUACAAGAAACAUCCUUUUUAUAUAUCACAUAGCCACCACAUCAGUUAUAUAGGAGGCUGUGGUCCAGUGGUUAAAGCAAAGGGCUUCUAACCAGGGGCCGGUUUUUCAAAACCUUUAAUCUGGAUCAAAGUGAUCCGGAUUUUGUAAUCUUAUAUUUUGUGACCAAGAUUACUUUUAUCUGAUCAUUUUGAUCCGUUUUUUCAUAAAAUGUCACUGCUGGAUUACAUUUAUCCAUAUAACAAAUAAUCACAAUCAAUUUUUUUUAGGCCUUAUUUAUGAUAUAACCUAAUUUAACAAAAUAAUUAAGAUGAAUACACAACUUUAUUUUGUUUUUUUAUUAAAGCUACACCACUAAAUAAGUGUUUUCCAUUUUGCUUGCAUGGAUACAAAACUUAAAUAUGUAAGUAAUAUAUUCUAACACUCAAUUUGGACAUAUAGAGUGUGUUUGCUAUGACAAUUCAAACAAAAUAUCGAUGUUCUAUGAUCAUUUAAAAGCUGAAUCUACCUCCGCAGUAGGAUCACAAUAUUCCUGGUAUUUUGGAUAAAAAUAGUCCUGAUCUCCUCUGAAUUCUGAAAAACCCAAUUGCAACAUUUAAUUGUGAUUAAAAGUGUGAUCAGAUUACUAAAACAAAAUCCGGAUAACAGUAAUCCCGAUUGCAUUUCGAUGUUUUGAAAAACCUAAUUGCACAAUAUAAUCCAGAUCAAACGUGGAAAUCCGAUUUGAAAAACCGGACCCAGGAGGUCCCCGGUUCAAAUCCCGGCUCAGCCACUGACUCAUUGUGUGACCCUGAGCAAGUCACUUAACCUCCUUGUGCUGUCUUUCGGGUGAGACGUUGUUGUAAGCGACUCUGCAGCUGAUGCACAGUUCACACACCCCAGUCUCUGUAAAUCGCCUUGGAUAAAGGCAUCUGCUAAAUAAACAAAUAAUAAGAAGAAAAAAAUCCUCCAGAUGUAUGCUUUUGAGAUUUGUACAAACAGGCUUUAUUUUACAUUGCUGUAUUCACUGCAAAGAACUGGGAUCUAGGUCUUUAAUAUAUAGUAGACCCUGAUAUUGAUGUAAUAGCCAUCUGAAAUGUCUUUGUAGAAGUUGGACAUUGUUACAUUAAGAUUAGCUCUACUGUUUAGUUAUUCUUAUUUAAAUAUGUAUUAUAAAAAAUAUAUAGUAUAGGAUGCUGCAAGAUACAAGCUGACUUUCACCCACUCAAAGUCAGAAAUGGGGGGUGGGGAGCAGCUCCGACCUUUCAUGGGGUUGAUAUGCACUUGUAUUGUACUCCUAUACAAUAUUAUAUAUAGUUUUGUGAGGGAAUACAAAGAUAUUCCAUAACUGUGUGUGUGUGUAAGCUGUGUUCACAAAACAUCCUAUUUUACUAAAACACUAUGCUUAAUGUGAUAUUUGUACUUUAAGGAUGUGUGGCUAUUGUUACACACUUGCUGUUAAACCACUGAAUUGCAGUGUCGCUGAAUAAUUUACCAUGUUAAUUGAUACCUGAGCAUCAUUGAAAGAGUUAUGCCAAAGAACCCCCCCCCCCCCCCUUUUAUGGUAACAUCUGAUUGGUUUCGUUUUUUGCUAUUUUAACAGUAUUUUUUUUUGUUAUUCACGGCUAUGGAUAGUGCAUUUCUGAACACUAAAGCUGGAGUUUAUAAAUGAUAAAAGUACAGUUAGACGUGUAAAAGUAGUAUUAUAUAGCUUAAAAGAUUAACCUUUUAAAUCAAACUGCAUGUACUGUAUAUUGCCAUCUUAACAUUUGUAUAACAGACAGAUUAAUUAAGCUUUUGCUGCUGUUAAAAAUAAACACAUUUAAUUUUGAAAUUUAUAUUAGGAUUUUUUUUCUUUUAGAAAAUGUGGUGCAAAACUAUAGUAGAUCUGGCCAGUAGUCUUUAACACAUACAAAGUACUGAUGAAAACAUUUAACUGGGGGAAAAGCUCAUUUCAUAGCACAGACUCUGUCACACAUGUUAAACUGUUGAGAAUAAUGUAAGAUUGUUUAUUGGAUAUGCUGAGUAGUUCAACGGUUAUGUACAGUUUUCAUUAGAAAGACCACAAAUGAAAAAAAAACAGGAUAAAAACUACAUUUUGAAUACUGUAGAUAAAACUGAUAACUUGCCUGUUACAAUUUUAAAGAAAAACUACACAAACAUUUUUUCAUAUUAAACUUUAAUUAACUUAUUUAGCCUUAUAUUUUCCUAAUUGUAUGAAAAACCUAAUGCAAUUUGAAUGUAAAUAUAAACUUGUAUGGUCUUAUUUUACAAUAUGUCCUCUGGCCACAUGAUUUAAUAUGAAUGUGCCUUUUACAUUUGAAAAAUGAUUAAAAAAAUAAAAUAAAUAAAUAAAUAAAUAAAAAAAACACAUUUAUAGAUUUAAGUCCUGGAGUGUCUGUUUUGUUUACAGCCUUUCUAAAUACAUGUUUUUUUUUAGUUAAAUGCUGCAUCUUAAAAAAAAAAAAAAACACUCAAUUUGCUUGCUGCAGACAGGAAUGGAUAUUUAAGGACAGAUAUUGAAUAAUUCACACAGCUAGUCCACACAAUUUGAUGUAGCAUCUGAAGGUAAAGUGAACUGGUCCUUCUGGCCACUCCUCGAUUACUGUUAUAUCUUGUAGUAGGUUUUGAUGUUGCCACUUCUGAGUUUGAAUGUAGACUUGUUAGCUGCCUUGUCACUCACUGCAUUUUUAUAAUAAAAUAUUUUAUAACAUUGAA